GAGUCCCCAUCUAGGCAACUUCAUGUCAACAAAAGCUCCUACCCAGUCAGGGGAUGAAUUUUUAAUCCGCCCCCACUUGAAGUUUUAGUACUUUUUAGUUAUUGGAUUUGGGUAAAAACGACUGGGUCCAAAAGCAUCAACAGAACUCCUUUCGACUCAAUUUCAAUUCCUACAUUUUUCAUUCACUUCACACCUCCUGCUUCGGGACUCUCCUUCUAACCUUGCCUGCACCCGCGAUUCCGAUUCUUCGUUCUCAUCCUCUUGUUUACACUUAAUACUGCUUUCGCAUUGUAUUUGCCUUCAAGAUGCGCGAGAUCAUUAGCAUCAACGUUGGCCAGGCGGGUUGCCAAAUCGCCAAUUCCUGCUGGGAGCUCUACUGUCUCGAGCAUGGUAUCCAGCCUGAUGGAUACCUGACUGAAGAGCGCAAGCUCGCUGAUCCCGACCAGGGAUUCAGCACUUUCUUCUCGGAGACUGGUCAGGGCAAGUACGUUCCUCGCACUAUUUACUGCGAUCUCGAGCCCAACGUCGUCGAUGAGGUCCGCACUGGUACCUACCGCAGCCUUUUCCACCCUGAGCAGAUGAUCACUGGCAAGGAAGAUGCCUCGAACAACUAUGCCCGUGGCCAUUACACCGUGGGCAAGGAGCUCAUCGACCAGGUCUUGGACAGAGUGCGACGCGUCGCCGACAGCUGCGCCGGUCUCCAAGGUUUCUUGGUCUUCCACUCCUUCGGCGGUGGCACCGGUUCCGGCUUCGGCGCCUUGUUGAUGGAGCGUCUCUCCGUUGACUAUGGCAAGAAGAGCAAGCUAGAGUUCUGUGUUUACCCUGCACCUCAGACCGCUACCUCGGUCGUCGAACCGUACAACUCUAUCCUUACCACUCACACCACCCUGGAGCAUUCCGACUGCUCGUUUAUGGUCGACAACGAAGCCAUUUACGACAUCUGCCGCCGAAAUCUUGGCUUGGAGCGCCCUAACUACGAGAACCUCAACCGUUUGAUCGCACAAGUUGUGUCCUCCAUCACCGCUUCUCUCCGAUUCGACGGUUCUCUCAAUGUCGACCUCAACGAGUUCCAGACGAACCUGGUGCCGUACCCUCGUAUCCAUUUCCCCCUUGUCGCCUACGCGCCAGUUAUUUCGGCUGCUAAGGCUGCUCACGAGGCCAACUCGGUUCAAGAGAUGACCAUGUCCUGCUUCGAGCCAUACAACCAGAUGGUCAAGUGCGAUCCCCGUCACGGCAAGUACAUGGCCACAUGCCUGUUGUACCGAGGUGAUGUUGUCCCCAAGGACGCCCACGCGGCUGUCGCCACCCUCAAGACUAAGCGCACGAUCCAAUUCGUCGACUGGUGCCCAACAGGCUUCAAGCUUGGUAUCUGCUUCCAGGCUCCCCAGUUCGUUCCUAACGGUGACUUGGCCAAGGUCAACCGUGCCGUCUGCAUGCUGUCCAAUACGACAGCUAUUGCUGAGGCUUGGUCUGCGUUGUCUACCAAGUUCGAUCUGAUGUACUCCAAGCGAGCUUUCGUCCACUGGUACGUUGGUGAAGGUAUGGAGGAAGGUGAAUUCUCGGAGGCACGCGAGGAUUUGGCUGCGUUAGAGCGCGACUACGAGGAGGUUGCCACCGAUUCCCUAGAGGGAGACGGAGAUGUUGAGGCUGAGUACUAAGUCUCAGGUCACUCGUGCUACGUGUCACCGCCAGAGGCAUUUAAUACUUUCGCACCCAUAAUAGGAUGCGAUUCAGACGUACCGUGAUAGCACCCUGUUUAUACUAAAGACGAAUCGAGAUGUAUCAGUUGUGCUAAAGUUUCCGGGUAACGUGGGCUUGUCCGUUGGGACUAAUGGAGAGACAGCAGGGGACUUUUUUGAUUCUACUGUGACUGAGCCUGGUAGCAAGAUUAGUAUACGCAUUGUACAUCCGUCCUACAACUUUUAAUAGCACGAGUUUCUCUGGUGUCGUCCCCAAAUGGGUUGUCUCGACAGAAAGGACGUUAAAAGAUACUUAAUAAGUUCCCGUCGUA